AUGCGGGCAACAGCCAAUGGUAACUGGGAUAUCGGACUGCCAUGCGGCAUUCGACAAGAGCGAACAAGCAUCCCAAACGCAUUACAAGUGAAGGAGAUCACUCGAAAACCUCGAAGAACUCAGAGCCCUGAUAAGUUCAUAUCAGUUGCUUCAGCAUUCCGCACCUCUUCCACACAUAGCUCCAUGCCGUAUAAGUCUAAAGGUAGCCGGAAGAGACAGAAGCCUUGUAUUACGACCAAAUCAACUACAAAGAAAGAUUGCCAAUAUUCUUUUCACAAUGAACGAUUAACGAGAAGUCGUGAACCCAAAGUCACAGUGGUGUUGAAGCAAGAGGACGACCGUGGAAGUAUUUCAAAUUCCAGCUCAACACCACGUGUUCUUCAAUGUGACGAGCCACGAGAGAAUCAACGUUCGAUUACAAACGAUGAUUCUGCACUCACGAACUAUCUCUUAGAUGACCUAUGCAACGAUCACAUUCCUCAUAGGAAAUCUAAACUCGUACAUGGAGAUCCACCUUUGACAGGUAUUCAGCUUGAAGUUGACAGCACGGACGGCUCUGGACCUAUGAGACAACUCGAUGAGGCAGCAAAGCAGCAGAGGCAAGCUGUAGUUGUCAAACAUUCGCGUUCCGUCCCCACAUCUCUGUCAACCAAAAGUCAAGCUCAAUUACGUGAGGAGGGUAGAAGGCAUUCUGACCAAAAUCACGUGUGUUGGAAAAUGUCACCCCUCAGAUCGGGAUCUUCCACUUUCUCCGGAUCAUCAACUCAGCAGUCUAUUCUGUAUGAUGAUUCAAGUCUUUCUGAAUCUAACAAAACCCUCGGCAGACACGUUAAUAUGGAUAAUUCCGCGAUAACGGCGCAUUCGCAUAACGCGGAGGAACAUUUGGAGGCAUCACCUACGAAUAAUCAGUGUAUCUCUUCUAUGUUUGAAGCUUCCAUAUUGCACGACCAGUGGCAACAUAUUUCAUGGAUGAGAGCUCGUAUAGCCUCGCUACGCUUCUCACUUCAAAAUAAGCGCCAAGAUCUACGUAUGUUGCAAAGAGAGAAAUCUCUUGCAGACGAUGUAUACUUCAAACAAGCUAAGAUGAGAGAGCUUGAUAUGCCCUUUCCCCGUGAAUGGUGGUCUGAAAAGACUACAGCAGAAUUACUUCGCGAUUGUCAGAAAGCCAGAGAUGAAUAUGGUAGUUUGGAAGAUGAAUAUAAUUAUCUUGAGCAUGAUUUAGAUUCACAAGAGUAUGCGCUUUCACAACACGAGGAGCAUUUUUACGGUCAGCUGAGGGACCCCUCACGUUUCUUUCCCACGUCAACGCAACACAUCAAAUCUCCCGGGUGGCUCAACGGCCCAGAGUACCACGAACCACAACAGCCGCAAGAAUUGCAUCCAUUGGUGGAAGCAUAUUUUUCGAAGCUCGGUGAUCUUGAAAACUCCCGGGAACUUUAUGACGACAUUUUGGAUGAGAAAUUGAGCCUCGAAGAGAAGGUAGAUCUGAGAAAGCGGUUCGAUAUGGAACCUCUUACUUCCGAAAAUCAGGAGUGGCUGGAUAGCUCUCAAGCCCAAUUGGAUGACUUGAUCUCCAAGAUCAAAAUUAUUGAGGAGGAGGAGAAAGAAUUAAGGCAACAGUGCUUGUCAUUGGGUCUCAUAGAUGAGGCUGGAGAUCCGAUAGCAUCAUCAAAAAUUGACCGAUCUGGUCCAUCUUUGGAUGCAGCUCUCGCGCCACUCGAGAGCCAUAACCAAUAUUCUAAAAUGCCUCCAUUAUUUCCUCCAGAAUUAAGUGACUCGGAAAGUGUCAUGAAAGCAUUGGAUUCCGAGAACAAUCACCUACCUCCAAAUGAGCGAUUCGAUCGAUGGUCACUAGAAAAGCUUCGAAUUUCUCUUCAUGAGGUCAAUAUCUACACACAUUGCUUUAAGAACUACAAUGAAUCACAAGAUCUAUGUAAACUCAAAGAGAAAAUCUGCGAAGAUGAUUUCAGAACUGCCUGGUUUGCGGAUGGCUUUACGGAUCGUGAUACAAGACCUACUGUCUUGACGGCUACCAAUUCGACUUCCCAAUAA